CAUUUCUCAUUUUUCAUCACUCGAAAGCCCGAGACCGUUUCUUGUUCACUGAGAUAUUGUGUGAAGAAAAUUUACAAAGCUCUUUUAGGGUUUGAGAAUUCAAAAGGCAGAGAGAAAUGGCGUUGCCGAAGGCCAAGGAGAUCGUUUCGUCCAAUCCGGUCGUCGUUUUCAGCAAGACGUACUGUCCGUUCUGCGUGAGCGUGAAGCAGCUGUUGACUCAAUUGGGAGCGAAUUUCAAGGCUAUUGAGUUGGAUACUGAAAGCGAUGGAAGUGAGAUACAAGCAGCACUUGCUGAGUGGACCAAACAAAAGACUGUGCCCAAUGUAUUCAUUGGCGGGAACCACAUUGGUGGCUGUGACGCUACUACUGCUCUGCACAAGGAAGGGAAACUAGUUCCUCUGCUGACACAAGCUGGAGCUAUUGCCAAGCUUUCUGCUUGAAGAAAUGUUGUUAUCUUGUUAAUGAGUAAAGUUUAAUAAGUGGUAGCCUUAUGGUGUUUCUGUAUUUUGUGUCAAACUUUUUCAAAAUCCUAAAUAAACUUGGACUUGAAGUUGUGUAUUGA